GAAGAAGAAGAAGAAGAAGAAGAAGAAGAAGGAAGAAGAAGAAGAAGAGAAGAAGAAGAAGGAAGAAGAAGAAGAAGAAGGGCAGCCGUAGCCGCCGCCGCCGCCGGCCAGGAAUGUUCUAAGAAGAAGCCCCCCCACCCCCUUUUUUUUUUGUUGGACCCCUCCGCUCCCCCAUGAGUGCUGCCAGCCUUCUCAGGUCUUUCAGUCCGGGCCCGGUGGUGCCCAUGGACGUGGCCGUGCGCUUCUACAUCAGCCACUCUCCUCCGCCUCCUCCCCUCAGGGGCUUCCUGAGCUCCUACGAGGCUCCCGCGCAUCGGACCCGGAACCGAGCCCAGAGGGAACGGGCGGCCGCCGCGCUCCGGCCCUGUCUGAGCGGCCAGCACGCCGCGGCGGACGACGAGGGUUGGAGCGGCAAAGGCGAGAAGAAGAAGAAGGUGGUGUUUGCCGACUCCAAGGGAAUGUCGCUCACCGCCGUCCACGUCUUCUCCGAGAACGAGGAGGAGCGCGGCGCCGGCGCCGGCGAGGAGCUCCAGUUCGACAUGAGCGACCUGGACAACGCCGCCAUAGACCUGAAGAUCAGCUCGGCCCGCAGCCUGGCCCUGGACUUCGAGCAGCCUUCGGCCGACUACCUGGACUUCCGGAACCGCCUGAUCCAGAACUCGGUGUGUUUGGAGAACUGCUCCCUGCAGGAGCGCGCUCUCACCGGAACGGUCAAGGUCCGCAACGUGGGUUUUCAAAAGUCCGUGUCGGUGCGGGCGACCUUCGACUCGUGGGCCAGCUUCGCGGACGUGGCCUGCACCUUCAUGAACAACGUGUACGGCAGCCACGACACCGACACCUUCGCUUUUGUUCUGGACCUGCCCGCCGACAUCCCGCCGCAAAACCGAGUGGAAUUCUGCGUGCGCUUCCAAGUCCAGGACCAAACCUUCUGGGACAACAACGACGGCAAGAACUACGGCGUCAAGCACGUGUGUUGGGCCGGCGCGUCGGCUCCGGGCCCCGUCGAGCGCGUCAAGCCGGGGGCCGUGAAGGUUCUGGAGAUGGACCUGGACCAGAUGGGGAGCCCUCGCAUGUGCAGCGGCUUCUUCCCCGGCUGGCAAAGCUGGAACCGCGUGGAUGCCGACGUGCCCUACUGGUGAGCGGGCCGGACCGGACCGGACCGAACCUCGUCGCCGCCGCCGGACGUUUUACCUCCUUCAUAUUGAAGGGACGCGAGCCAGUGCUGGCCCUGCCGUCCGGAUUCUUUUGGACUUUGAAACUUCCGCAGCCGUCCGUGCCUUUGUGAUUUGCACAGUGCGAGCCGGGCUGCCGGGCUGCCGAUCCGUUUUUAUUUCCAUUUGGCAGAGGAAGUUGUGUUGUUUGGAAUAAAGUUUAUAUCUGGCCA